AUGGAUAUUGAUGAAAAAUACAUUCAAAAAGUCCAAGAGCAAGAGAUCAAUGGUCCAGCCCUUCUUCUCUUAACAGAAGAAAAGCUUACUCGUAAACCGGGACCAUUUGAAUUUCCUUAUGGACCUGCAAUUGUUAUUACAAAAUUGAUUUAUGCGCUUAAAGGAGAGGAAAAAAUUUGGCAAAUUGUGCACUGCCCAAUAAAACCCGCUUCUGAUAAAAAAGAAAUCAAAUCUACUUUAAAAUGGACUAUCGAAGAAAGAUUUAUAUUAUUAGAAGCCGUACUUGAACAUCUACCUAAUACUUUACCUUGGUCUGAAAUUGGUAAGAAAUUUGAAGGAAGAUUUCCUCGUAGGACGAAUAAUGGUUUCCGUAAUCAAUGGUCGCGUAGAAAGGAAAAGGGGCUGGUUGCUUUGUUAUUGAAAAAUCAAGAUUAA